AUGUCACUGAUUCGUACUAAUCGUCCUAAACCACCAGUGAAUAUUUUGGAUAAACGUAUUCCACGAAAUCCAAGAUAUGAAAAUGUUCAAACCACUAUUGAUACCGGAGACAGUUUAACCAAUGCCUUAAAACGAAGCGAAGAAUCGCGUGGAUAUGCCAAACCACAAGCGGGAGAAUUGUUUAAACGCAUGAAAAUCUCAACUCUUAUCAAAUUGAUUAUUCAAGUUGCUGAAAUAAAUUCUCUUGAGAACGAGUCAAGAAAUACAGAUCGACCAGAAACACAAGACAGUCAGAUGAGCGCAGAAACGACUCGAUCAACAUUACAGACCGUUAUUCGUGGUGUGGGAGAAAUGGAUAUCUAUAGAGAUUAUAUGAAUCGAAAUUCGACGAUACCAGUAACACCAAAAACAGCCAAUAGCGACAACUUGGAAUUGGAUUUCGACGAACGCCCUUAUCUCAUUGUUGAUCUUCGUGAUAUUGAUGAAUUUAAUACCAAUCAUAUUGUAUCAGCUCAUCAUUAUCCUGCCGCUAUGCUUUCACGUUGUUCGAAUAAUGAAUCCAAAGAAUUACUUAUCUAUAAAAACAAAAAGGGCAAAAUUAUUGUUCUCUAUGAUGAGGACGAACAGAUCGCACCACGCGCUGCAACAAUCAUGUCCGAACGAGGCUACAACAAUAUCUUUUUACUCUCUGGUGGUCUAAAAUAUGCUGUUCGAAAGUAUCCAUGCGGUCUGAUAACAGGCAGAUGUCCUUUGUCAUGGACAUUGUCCGAAACGCAAACAAGGCCAGUCAAAGUUCAUAAUUGUGUACAGCCAUCUGACCAUACUUCACAUCAUCAUGACGAUGCACUGUCAACUCACCGUACAGUUGUUCAUUCAACGAAAGCUCUACAAGAUGCCAUGGUUACAUUUGAUACUCGAGAACAAUUCACAAGCCAUGACAUCGAAGAAUUGAACGAACAAUAUGAAGCGCAUUUAUUACCGAAAGAUAGUGGCACACGAUUAUCACGAACACAGACUCAUGCAUCGAAACAAAGCUCACGAAUCUCGAACGCGUCUGAUCGAUCAAAUUUCAGCCAUAUCUCGGAUAAACCGUGGAAACCCUAA